AUGAGGGAACUGCAAGGUGCAUUUCCACCUGUUGUUUACAACUAUCUGCGUGGUUGUAAAACUGCUAAAGAAAUCUGGAAUACUCUCAAAGAGAAGUUUCAAGGAAGUGAGAAAACAAAGAUUAAUUCUGUGAAACAAUGUUUGGUUGAGUUGAAAGAGUUCAAACAAAAAGAUGGUGAAUCCAUUGAAGGAUACUAUGAUCGCUUGAACGAACUCAUUUACAAAUGCAAUCAUUAUGGAAUCACAAGGUCAACCAUGGAGUUCAAUCUCGCAUUCAUUAUGGGACUUCGCAAGGAAUGGAGAAGUGUUAGCAUGAUGGUGGAAAUUCAGCAGAGUUUCGAUAAUUCAACCUUGAAUGAUCUAUACAACUUGUUGAAGACUCACGAAGGAGAAGUUAAUGAAAUAGUUGAGGAGACAAAAUUGGUUCUAGGAGGUCCAUUAGCUUUGGUUUCGAAAGUUAUUGAGAAGGAGACACUUGAGAAAGAGAAUUCUAAUGAAGAAGGAUUUUUGAUGAAUCCUGACGAUGAGGCAGUUGCAUUUUACUCUAACAACAGAGUAAAGAAGUUUUUCAAGAAACCUUUUAAUCCAAAGUCAAAACCAAAUGAUGGUAAAGGAAGUUUUGUCAAAAAGGUUGUGAGUGAUGAUAAGAAAAAGGUCGAAAAGAAUGAUGUGAAGGUUGAUGAUGCAAAAGUUGAAAAGAAGCUCAAAGGUGACUCUGGAAUCGAUUGUUAUUAUUACCACAAUGCAAAUCACAUGGCUAAUGACUGUAUGCUUCGAAAGAAGGAUGAAAAGAAGAACAAGGUGAAAAACGAAUCAUACUAUGACGAACGUCUAGAGGAAGUUCGAGCAAAAGCAAAGGGUAUGUCUUUAGUUGCUAUAGGUGAAGGUGAAGAUGAUGGAACUUAUCAAAUCUGGUCAUUUGGGUCAGAUGAUGAGCAGAUGUGUAAUCCUACACAUGGUACAAUGUAUGCAAGGUUCGUGGAAAAAGAUGAAGAAGUGGUGACUGGUCGUUCUUUCGUGACCAAGAGUGGAGAUAAAUCACUAAUGACUACCAAGCUGAAUUUGACAGAGUUCCUGAUAAUCGAUUUUUCUUAUGGUAUUGUUAAAAUAGAUGAAUAUCUUGAUGCUAAUGAACUUGUUGAAAUUGUGAAUGACACAUUAAACAAAAGUGAACAAAUAAAAAAUUUUAAAAGAACUGAGAAUUCGAAAUCUAACUCUCAAUCUAAUUUCGUUGAUAUCGAAGAUAAUUUUGAUAGUUUUAGCGAAAUCAGUGAAAUUGAGGAAGAGAAGGUGUCAAUUGUUCUCAACUGCCUAGAUAGUCAAACUGAUAGUAGUGAUGAUGAGCACGAGGAUGAGGUUUCGAAAAAUUCAAUGUCAGAAAAGAAUGUUUCGAAAGAAACAAUCAUUCCUUGA